AUGGCGACCUAUCCUGCCAUUGCUCCUUCAGAUGGGCUCUUUCUCAGGUGCACUCAUACGUGCUUUCUCAGCUCUAAGGUGCAAAGCCCAUAUGCUGAAACUCUAGAACCGAGAAGAAGUGCACUUCAGGAUGAUUUUGAGGAAGAAGAGGAAGACAAGGAGGAUGCCCACAGCCUGACACUUUAUUCAGAGUAUAUGACCAGCAGGUUUACCUUUCCUAUUAUUCCAAUGCUUCAUUCAACAAAUUGCUUUCAACAACAACAACAACAACAACAACAAAUUGCUUUCAUAUCUUUAGAUUUGUGGUAG